AUGCAGAAACUUAUUGGGGGGCUUCGUUUUAUUUUUAUACCGAAAAAGGAAUACAAGACGACGUUCAGAGAGAAUUAUUUUGAUAAGGUGUGCUGUCGAGUUAGUUCUAAAUGUCAUUCGUGCAUAGUCAGUUUACAACUUCUACUACAACACUCAAUGACAUUUAAACAUAAAAUUUAUCUCGGAAUUUCUCUUGGAGAGUUCCCAAAAAAUGGUUUUUCUUAUCACAACAAGAUAGAGGAAACUUUGACAAUGUUUGAAAAUGUUGGAAUGAAUUUGUAUGAUUUCACACUUCAAAUAAACAAACUUCAACUAAACUCAACAAAAAAAGUGAUGUUUACAGAAUUAAACACGCACGAAACACCGCCUUCAAUUAGACUUUAUCGCUGUAGUGCUGUGUAA